AUAUAUAUCAGUGCUUCAGGUAUAGUGAACAUACCUCCGAAAUGUGACAUCUUAAAUACUAAGUAGACGAGACUCUAUAUAGUAAAGUAAAUACAGCGUAUAUUUAAGUGAAAGUUUGUGACAUUAAGGAUGGCACAGGCUGAACUUGACUGCAAACAAUGUCAUAAUGAACAAAAAGACGAAGUGACAGACAAAAAAUAUGAAACUCAGAAUAUUGAAUCAAUUGAGGAAAAAGCACAAGUGGAAUAUAAUUUAAGGAGAAGUUCUUUAGUUAAUCGGGUUGUAAGUGAACGACUGCGUAAAGAACCCAGGAAACCAAAACCAAAAUCAAAACCUCCACCACUAAGUAAAUAUCGGCGGAGAUCAGCGAAUGCACGCGAACGAACUCGAAUGGUAGACAUCAAUGAUGGUUUUGCUGAACUCAGAGGUGUUUUACCAACAAUCGAAGCAAGCUCAAAAAUGACAAAAAUUACAACUUUAAGGUUAGCUCUCAAUUAUAUAUCUGCUUUACGACAUACUUUAGGAUAUGAAAAUGAUGUUGAUGGAAACUCUGACGCUGCCUCAACGCGAUCUGUGUCAUAUGAUGAUAUGGCUUCAGACGCUGCAUCAUUGCCAUCAACAAGCUCCUCCUCAGGGGAUGAACAUUGUCAAAGUCCAAUGGAUGGAGAUUUCCUUAGUUCUGAUGAUUUACUCACAGGUGAUAUGGACUUGAUAAACUUUGAUCCUAGUGCUGAAUUAUUGUUAACGUAAAGUGACAGUGAGACAAUCACAAGUGUAUCCAACUUAUUUUAUUGAUAUUGUUUUAUAAUAUCGGGAACAAUUACGGACUUCAGGAAGAACAUUGUUAAUCAAUCGUAAGUUAUGUCAGGGACUUUCUCUCAUCAUAUAUUGUUCUAUAUCACGGGCAUCACUUCAUUUAUUGUUAUUUCAUAGUUUACCUUUUCAAACUUUGUCUCAUGUCGCUAUAUGAAGAUAUUUUUGUUUUAUUUUACGGAGUUUAACUUAUGUGAAAUGUUGUCGGAUGGGAAUAGUAUACUCGGCAUUAGAGUUAUUGGUUUCAUCCAAAAAGGCAAGGAAAUAUUUUUGUAAUUAUUUAUUAUUGUUAUUUUUACAUUUUGUAUGCAUUAAAGAUUAUUGAUA